GUUGACUGAGUCCUUGAGCUCACAGCGACACUUAGAGGAAUCUUCAACAUUUCCCAUAUUAGGUCAUUACAGGCAUGGCAUAAUACCAUCUAGCCUAGAUAGCAGCUCUUGACCCAAGGUCUGUUGCCCCGCUAUCCACGGAUCCUGUCGGAACGAGCACUAGAUCUACUGCAGUCUUGCGUCUCGCCUCAACUGAGUGUAGACCUUGUUUACUCGAGACAAGUGCAGUGGACUGGUCAGGAACCUCUAGCUCUGCACUCCAACCAUGUUGGCUCUGUUGCUAUUCGGCCUGCUCGCGAGCGGUUUGCCGUAUUCUGAGUGUCAGAAGGCCAGCUACGCGCCCAAGAAACAACCUGACAACAGCGAGCUGUUGGCCAAGUUGAACAUCCUUGGCAACGAAUUGCAGAAACUCGGCGCCGAUGUGGGAGAACUGCUCGAUCAAAACAAGAAGGCCGGCCUCGGCCCUGACGGGUCAAAAGAGUCAAACUGGUCCGAGCUGAAGGUCUUGAAGGCAAGCAGAGAAGUUGGUACCAAGUCUAACAAGUUCACCGUCAAGUUCAAAGCGCCCGAGGACUGUCCAUCCGUGCCCACAAAAUGGACGCUGAAACCGGUAAACCAGGAAACGGCGACCACUCUGGUCUCUCGAGUGAGCUCCGUGCGUCAGGCGGAUGGAAGGGACUUGUGUGAGACGACCGUUGACGUGAAGGAGAGAGGAGACCUCACGCUGACUUUGUUGGAGAACAACCGAUAUGAGAUUUUCCUCCGCCUGGACAACCACAAGACCACAUCCCUGCAGUCUAGUUACCAAGGAGAAGUUCCCAUCAACGACUUUGCAGUGAAGACCCCGGAUGUUGUCAACUACAGGGCCGGAGAAAAGCUCAAGCUGCCAGUUGUUGUGAAGAACGCCGGCCCAGACAAGUACAGGUUCUCACUCGGACUAGAUAUACAAUACCUGACCCCUCAGGACAAAGUUCUUUUUUACAAUUGCAAAGAAGGAGGAGAUGAUUAUGCAUGUGAGUUUGGAGUUGACAAAAAAUAUUUGAGUUCGAUGGAUGCCGAUGUCAGUAUCAAUACGAAGUCACUGAAGCCUAUCGGCUACACACGCGUUUCCUCUACUUAUGUUGACAGGAGCGCUCUGGUUCAGGAAGCUAGGCUAACUAGAGUGUUGAGUAUCCGCCCAGCGGGACAAGUGGGACCAUAUCCAAACGGGUUGGUUGAAGUUAAGGCAAUAGACAACAAAUGCGCUUUCAGUGAACAGAAAUGUACUGCUAAAUGCAUUGCUUACGGAAACAACAUUGACGAGAAGAGCAUUAAAAUAGAGAGAGUACUGAAGGGGGAUGUCAAGGAGAAAAUCAAGGAGAUGAACGUGGAAAGGAAGGUAGAACUAGGUCAAACAUUGGUGUCAACAGAGUUCACAGUCCCGAAGACAUCCGAAGGUAUCAGAAGGCAGCCGUUCGCUUGCUCCUUCCAGGUUCCAGGGGGUAAGAAACAGGAAGAUAUCGGUAUCGUGUCCUACAAAGUGGAGACGAGAGUACUGAAGGAAAAGUCGUUCUACGAGAUCAACGAAAGCGAGGUGAAGAUCACGUGUACUGCCGAGGGCGACAAAGACCCGGAGAUUGCCGCUGUGCUGAGCAUGAAGCCUAGCGAGAAGGGCAGGCCCGUGGACCUGAAGCACAGCGACUUCCGGGCAGUGGAGACAGGUCCAGGGGAAGUAACCAGCGUGUUUUUCUACAACCACAACUAUGGCCAGAUCAAGCUGGAUAGGGUGUUAGCCACUUGCUUUGCCCGAACUUCCCCACUGGAUGUAGACCAGUUCGUACUAACUGAUGUGUUCUAUCUGAAGAAAUCUCAACCUCAAAGCCUUUAUUAAUCAAUGUGGAAGUGGAAGUAGUACAGAUGCGUUUACUUGCAGUUUGCAAGUUAAAAAAGCGAGAGAAGAAAAGGGGAAAAAAGUUGGGGUGGGGGGGGGGGGGGGAGUAAUCAAAUAAACAGGUUGAGAUAGACCUUCGGUAAUUUCUAAGAAAGGAGAAUUCUUGUCCAGCUCCAUUGGCCCGUCACAUCCAUCCUAUUCUCUCACAAGAUCUAUAGAUAAAAAAUGGUACUGCAGCCAUUAGCAAACGUUUUGAAUUCAGUUUCUUAAAUAAAUCUGGGAUUUGGAUACUCCCAUGCACUAAGUGAUAAUGAUGAACAGUAUUUUCAUAGAUGUUAGUUAAAACUUCAUUCAACCCGCAAAUGGAACACUGUACGGAAACCGGUUCGUGUCAUAAAUGACUAAUAAACACAAGGCAGUUCAAUCUCAUACUUGAGAUACUUAAUUUAAAAAAUUGUGCCAUACAUCUGGCGGCGAUAUCUAGAAUCUGUAUUAUAUUUCGGUGCUUACUAAUUUUUAAAAUUAAAUAUCUAGGAUACAGAGAAAAGGGACAAAGACUGUAUUAAGAGAGCUCCAUUUUAGAAAUGAAACUAAGCAUUUUUAUUAACUUAACGUUAUCCCAGCUCCGAGAUUUCACUUUGGCUUUCCGAUUAGUUAUAAUUUGUUAACGGGAUGCCAGUGUUGUUGAAGCACACUAAAGCUGUUUUGAAAAAUUACUUUGACUUUUGAUAAAGGUAGAUAAAGCUAUGACUGGAAAUCCUUUAUCCUUUACGUAGGAGUCUAAACAUUGAGUUAUUUUGGACGUAUACGAUUUCUUUCAUGAUAUCAUUUACUCAUUCUGCUCUCUUGCUUUCCAUAGAUAUGAGCCCCCCAUCCCUCUUUUAUCACCCUAGAGUGUUAUGAUUUAAUGAUAGUUCUGAAAGUUGCACCUAUUAUAUUUUCUUCUUAGAAUGUAAUUUGUAUAGCUCUGUGUGUUUUUUUAUCGGGAGAAUUGUUGUUAUCACUAUCGUGUGCCUGUUCAGUCUCCUCACCUAUAACCAUUCCUAUUAUUUUCUGUAUUAGUGUAUUAUGUUUACAUUCUCGAUCUUUUAAGUAACUUUGAAAUAAAAUCGUUUCGCCUUUAU